CUUUUUUCCCUUCUCAGCAAUGGUACCAGCAUGAUAUCACUGAUCAUUCCCCCCAAAGACCAGAUCUCGCGAGUGGCGAAAAUGUUGGCGGACGAGUUUGGCACUGCCUCCAACAUUAAGUCUCGAGUGAAUCGCCUUUCAGUACUGGGAGCCAUUACAUCUGUACAGCAAAGACUGAAACUCUAUAACAAAGUACCUCCAAAUGGUCUGGUUGUUUACUGUGGAACAAUUGUGACAGAAGAAGGAAAAGAGAAGAAGGUCAACAUUGACUUUGAACCUUUCAAACCAAUCAACACGUCGUUGUAUUUGUGUGACAACAAAUUCCACACUGAGGCCCUCACGGCGCUGCUCUCCGACGACAGCAAGUUUGGCUUUAUUGUAAUAGAUGGCAGUGGGGCACUCUUUGGAACCCUGCAAGGAAACACACGAGAAGUCCUGCACAAAUUCACUGUGGAUCUUCCAAAGAAGCAUGGUCGGGGGGGUCAGUCCGCCCUGCGCUUCGCUCGCCUGCGGAUGGAGAAGCGGCACAACUACGUGCGCAAGGUGGCCGAGACGGCCGUGCAGCUCUUCAUCUCCGGGGACAAGGUCAACGUGGCCGGGCUCGUCCUGGCUGGCUCGGCUGACUUCAAAACUGAGCUGAGCCAGUCUGACAUGUUUGAUCAGAGGUUGCAAUCCAAAGUGCUCAAACUAGUUGACAUUUCCUAUGGAGGAGAAAAUGGGUUCAAUCAAGCGAUUGAGUUGUCAACUGAGGUCCUCUCCAAUGUGAAAUUCAUCCAAGAGAAAAAACUAAUAGGACGAUACUUCGAUGAAAUCAGUCAGGACACGGGCAAGUACUGCUUUGGUGUGGAAGAUACACUAAAAGCUUUGGAAAUGGGAGCAGUAGAGAUCCUGAUAGUCUAUGAAAACCUGGAUAUAAUGAGAUAUGUCCUGCACUGCCAAGGCACGGAGGAGGAGAAGAUCCUGUAUUUGACACCAGAACAAGAGAAGGAUAAAUCCCACUUCACAGAUAAGGAGACUGGGCAGGAACAUGAACUGAUAGAAAGUAUGCCCCUCCUGGAGUGGUUUGCAAACAACUACAAGAAAUUUGGAGCAACAUUGGAAAUUGUUACAGACAAAUCACAAGAAGGAUCCCAAUUUGUGAAAGGAUUUGGAGGAAUUGGAGGUAUCCUGCGGUACCGAGUGGACUUCCAGGGCAUGGAAUACCAAGGAGGAGACGAUGAAUUCUUUGACCUUGAUGACUACUAGGUAGUCGACCUGGGUCCGGCAAAACGUGCCUCGCCCCUCCAGCAUCCAACCCAAGGAGCAAACUCAUGGUGGAAAACACAACAGAUCCCUGCCUUAGAAUUGGAACAUUUCCAGAACUUGAUCCACGAGCAUUGGAUUUAAGAAAGCAAAACCCUACACUUUGAUUUGUCAUAGUGUCAGUACAGCAGCAAACUACUAAGUUCCUAUAUGCCACUUUGGACUAAUUUAAAAAAAGAAUCCCAGUUUUUACUUUUACUCAAUGGUGAAAUUGGUUGCUCUUGUAUUUUAUGGAAAUGAUUUUUUUAACCUUCAUGAUACAUUAACUGCUGUAAACCUCUUCCUUCGAAAAUUAAUAGAAGUAAGAUCCUACUGGUUUGUUUCUUUAUACUUUGAUUGGAGAAAUCAAUUGCUGCAUUUGGCAGCGCUGUGACCCAUUUACAUGGCAUUCUCAGCUUAGACUGCAGAAGAAAUGUAAGGAGGUUGGAGCCGUUCUCUUCAAAAGCUUGAGGAGGCACCGACCCGAGUGCUAGUUCAUAACGUGUGGCUUGCAAAUUCCAAUGGUCUGGGGAGGCUCACCAGCCAAACGUGCUUUAAUCUGUUUGCAGAAACACUGCUCUUACAAACUAGGAAAUGCACUUCAUGGAUUGCAAUGGAAAUGCUGCUGAAGUCUUGGGCUUAAUUUGGAUUUGAGCAGUGCAGCCUUCAGGAAUUCUAUUUUUUUUUUUUUUUUUCAGUCUUGACAAAAAAAUAAACAUGAGAUUUCAGUGAA